CCAGAAGCAAAAUUUGGAUGAAGCGAUCUAACUAAGUUGCCGUCAUGAGCAGAAGCAAGCGUGACAACAAUUUCUACAGUGUUGAAAUUGGAGAUUCUACUUUCACUGUAUUGAAACGAUAUCAAAACUUAAAACCAAUAGGAUCAGGAGCCCAAGGGAUAGUAUGUGCAGCUUAUGAUGCCAUCCUUGAACGAAAUGUUGCAAUCAAGAAGUUAAGCCGACCAUUUCAGAACCAAACCCAUGCUAAAAGAGCAUACAGAGAGCUUGUUCUUAUGAAGUGUGUUAAUCACAAAAAUAUAAUCGGCCUACUGAAUGUGUUCACACCACAAAAAUCCCUGGAAGAAUUUCAAGACGUCUACAUAGUGAUGGAGCUCAUGGAUGCAAAUCUCUGCCAAGUGAUUCAGAUGGAGCUAGACCAUGAACGAAUGUCCUAUCUUCUUUACCAAAUGCUCUGUGGUAUCAAACAUCUUCAUUCAGCUGGAAUUAUACAUAGGGAUUUAAAGCCCAGUAAUAUAGUAGUAAAGUCAGACUGCACUUUGAAGAUUCUUGACUUUGGACUGGCCAGAACUGCAGGAACUAGUUUUAUGAUGACGCCUUAUGUAGUGACUCGUUACUACAGAGCACCAGAGGUCAUCCUAGGGAUGGGAUACAAAGAAAACG